GUAAUGAAUGAAUUGUGGCAGGAGAGCGGGUAUAAAAGGAAGCGGUGGGGCUCGGGCACCUCAUUCCCAGCCCCGAGCCAGCCGCGGACCGGCUGCCUCCCCCCUCUGGCUCGGCUUGCGGAUCUCCCGCUGGCAGCCCAGGAGAAGCAGCAUGUGGCUCUUGGAGAGGAUCCGUGGCUCGGUGGAGAAUGGCGCUGCCCGGGCCAGCGACUCGGGGGAGAAGCAGUCCAAGGGCCCCCUGUACAGCAACGUGCUAACCCCCGAUAAGAUCCCAGAUUUCUUCAUCCCACCCAAGCUCACGACAGUGCCCCCCGAAGCCGAGGGGGCAGAGGGGAAAGCCAAGCCCAACCUUGGCACCUCGGCCUCGGAGCAGAACCUGUCGGCCCGCAAGCCCCAGCGCAGCCCCCGCCUGCCGGUCAAGGCUGCCUCAGAGAGCAAGAACCUGCUGAAGGCCGCCAGCCGGCACAUCAUCCAGAUCGAGAGCGCCGAUGAAUGGGCCUCGGAGGAGGACUUCAGCACCAACGCCGACCCUCAGGCCCAGACGGCCAUGUCCCUCCCCUACGUGCCCAAGGCCCAGACCUCCUACGGCUUCGCCACCCUCCUGGAGAGCCCCCACACCCGCCGCAAGGAGUCCCUCUUCCACAGCGAGCAUGGCAGCCUGUGCCAGUCGCAGGUGUCCUCGCCCAGCUCCCCGCGCAAGGGGGCGGCCGGUGGGGGCAAGGUGAACGGGGAGAGCGCCCGCCUGACCCCCUCCGACAUCGGCAUGUCCCUGAGGAACCCCUACCGCUACUUCAGCGGGGGGGAGAGCGACACCUGCUCCUCGGCUGAGUCUUCGCCCUUCAGCUCACCGCUGCUGUCCCGCUCUGUCUCCCUGCUCAAAAUCUUCAGCCAGGACAGCCAGGCCAAGGCCAUCAAGCUCAAGCACCCGGUGGCCCGGAACAGCUCCCUCUCCACCGACGACAGCUCGGCCGACACCAGCCCCAGCUCGCAGCGGCGCGUGCGGGGCGCCCCGCCCCUGGCGGGGGGGGCCCCACCCCCAUCCCUCCUGCCUUUGGACUCGCCAGACCGCCUGCACAGGGAGCACACCGUCCGGCUGAGCAAAGGGGGCAGCGUGCGGCUCACGGCCGAGUACGACGCCGCCAACGCCCGGCUGCGGGUGCGGGUCAUCGCGGCCGAGGAGCUGUUCGACAAGCUGUGCGACGCCCGCUCCAUCAACUGUUGCGUCUCCCUCUGCCUCAACCCGGGCAAGGUGCAGAAGCAACGUAGCACCAUCGUCAAGAACAGCCGCAGCCCCGUCUUCAACGAGGACUUCUUCUUCGACUGCCUGGGCGCCGGCAGCGUCAAGAAGAUGGCCCUCAAGGUCAAGGUGGUCAACAAGGGCAGCAGCCUCAAGCGGGACACCCUGCUGGGCGAGAGGGAGCUCCCGCUCACCUCUCUGCUGCCCUUCUUAUAAGCCCGUCUCCCACCUCCCUGCCGCUCCCCUGCCCUGCUGGGAUGGGGUGGGCAGGGAGGAGUGGAGGGGGAGAGGGAUCAGAGGCCACCAUGAGGGGCCUGGGAUGCUCCCCUGGGGUAACGGCAUGUCCAUCCCAGGUUGUGUGUGUUUGUGUGUGGCGGAGGGACAAGACUCAUCCAACUCCCCCAGGAUGGGUCUCAUUUGCUGCAUGGACGUGCCUGGAGGUGGUGACUGCCGUGCGUCCCCCUCAGGAGGCCGUGAGCGGCUGGCGAGUUGUACGUUCUUCUCCAGAGAAGCGGUGGGGAUGAGGCAUGCUGGUGGCAUCUCUGGGGCCCUGCUGAAGGCGUUGAUGGGAGGUGGGCUAUCCCUGUGCACCCCUUCUUCCCCCUCUCCUGCCCCCCCUCCCGCUUGCCUGGGAGCACUUGCCAGUCGGCUUCUCAUCUCCACGCUGAGUCCCAAGACCCAGCUGCCUUUGAGUGAGCUGUGGGGGGGCCCCCUCGCAGGCUGUUCCUGUCGGGCUCAGGCUUAAUGUGAGGUGUGCGGGUUGGUCCAGCUGAUGCAUUUCAGCACAAAGACCCCCCCGCCCCGCCCCUCUGCCCUACCAAACAGGGGCAGGGGUGGAAGUGGUGGGGACAGCUGAUGGAAUGUAGAGCUGGGAGAACGAUGCCACAAGGUUGAAUCCCCGCUGUGUUGGGACUGGUUCUGAGGCGGGAGCAGGGCUCGACCUUGUCAGUAAUGAGGAGAAGGGACGCUCUAGGGAACAACCCUGUGCUGUCUGGGGAGGGAAAAGAUGACCCCAUUGGCCUCUUUCAUCUCUAAUUUCUCUCCUCCUUGGUUGGCUGACAGGCAGAGAGAGGGCAGGGAUUGUUGGACAGGGAUCUGCCAGGUCUUGCAACAUUGAUCUGUCUCUAAAAGCUCCAGCUCCUGGAGUCUGGGGAUUGCAUCAGAAUUUCAGUUUGCUGGCUUGCAUUUAAAGACGUUUCUAGCCCCCGUGGCUGAAGAGUAAAGCUUGAUGACGUGACCCAGCUGCCACUCUAGUGGCUCAGAAGACAAAUAAAAUGAGCCUCAAAUUUAUUACUUAAAAAAUUCUGUUUGCCAGAGGCUGGGAAUAGGUGAUAGGAUGGAUCACUUGAUGAUGACCUGUUCUGUUCGUUUCCCUCUGAAGCACCUGGCAUUGGCCACUGCCAGAAGACAGGAUACUGGGCUUAGAUGAACCUUUGGUCUGACCCAGAGCGCCAGGCAUGAAAAUAUGACUCAGUCCCUCUGAGGUUGCCGGGGCAGCUUUUAAUGCCCAAUCAAUGUGAAAAGCUCCCUCUGCGACCGCUCCGAAGUCCAUGGGGAUCUUCCUUUGGAUUAGGCUCUUGCGCUAGAGAGGCUGCUUUACCUCUCCCAGCCCCAGAGUGUAAUUUAGAUAGAUCUGCCCCUGGGGGCUCUCCUUCCUCUGGGGAAGUGGCUUCUACAGCUCUGGAAGGGGCUAGCUUGGAGCAGUGAUUGCUUCCACCGCAGAUGGGAGACGCUUCCCUCUGAUCCAGAAGAUUUUUGCCUCUGGCUGCUGACAUGAGGCUUCCCAGAAGUAGCUAUGGCAUCCAGAAGAUGCACUGUCCAAACCUGCCCAUCCCCUGCACUUCCUUCAUCCCUGCACUCUGCAGAAGUGGGAGAGUGGACAGUCUGAUCUACUUAGUUUAAAAGCAGCAACAGUAUUUAACCCCCGCCAGGCUGCCUGUGGCUGACAUCCAUGUCCCUUAGCGGGAAUGCACCCAUGGGAGAACAGUCCUUUCCUCAGCAUCAAGCCGGCUUCUCCCUUGUGGCAAGGACACUGUGGUGUUAAUAACCAUUUGGGAUUAUCCAGAGCAGCAGCAAGCCACUGCAGGGAGCAGCAAGGCCAGUAACAACCACAGUGGCUCGCACAGGGAAGUGGGAACCUGGUUCUGAGCAUUGGACAAACUGGUCUGACCACUGUUGGGUGGGGUGGGGGGGAAAUCAAGUGUGCAAAAUCAAAGGCAACGACUGGGUCCUGGCCUGACCUUGCCUCUGAGCACUCUAUGCACCAGGGGCAGAGGUGCAGAAGGGGAGAACAACAGUGUCUGUGUGGCUCAUCCUUUUUCCUCAUGGCUUAUAACCUGCUUUGGGAGGACAGAAACCUUCACGCAGGAGCUGUGAUUAAGAUGCUGCAUGAACGGCUUCUGGGUUCGUUAGCGGCCUUAGUGCAGGCGGAUUCCUAGUGCGUAGGAGACGGCUUUGCUGGAGCAGAGACAACCAGGGUUACACCAUUAACAUCCACAGAAGAGAAGCAUGGAGGAGAAGCGAAGCCCUCUCCGCUUAUUAUGCGAUAUGCACUGAGAAUCUGGCCUGACAAACAGCCAGAGCUGUGGGGAAUUUCCCCCCCCCACCCCAAACCCCAUUAAGAUUCUGUUUCUCAGUCGCUGCAGACUGAUUAGAAUAAUCAAAUCAGACAGUGGUCGGGGGGGGGGGGGGGUUGCAUCUCUCCAGCCUUGUCCAAGGAAAUCUGUGCAAUCUGGGACUCUGGAAGCUACUGCAGUGUUGUGAGAAACACCUUUCCCCCUAGGCUGGCAUACUAGGAAAUCAGACACCAGCUCCAGACAAGGGUGCUAGUCUGGGUCUCUGGUUUCUUUAUUUUAUUUUUUUUAAAUUGGGGAACAAACUGUUUUCUUUUGCCACCUCCUGUUGCUUCCCUCCCUUCCCCUGUGGUUCUGGAACUAGAAUUCUGCAAAACUAGGAAGGCAGAGAGAGUGUGUGUUUUCCUCUAGCCCAAACAACCCCUCCCCCACACAGAGACCUUUCUUAUUUGUCCUUUUCUGUGAUAUGAAUGUUGCAUCAGGUUCUCUGCAUGUGUGUAGUGUGGGUUUUUUUUUUUGUUUUUGGUGGGGAGGGAUUGUAUGAACCAAUAUCCCCACCACCUUCCUCACACACACAUGCACAUGUGGGCACAUGCAUGUGCACACGCUGAUCAUUGUUCCCUUUUCUUUUUUUUUUAUUAACCUUCCUUGGCUGCGUUCGUUACUUUCCGAUACUACGCAGCAGAUGGCAGCUGCAGAAAUUUCAGUGUAAGCUAUUUAUAUUCCAAGCUGAUCGUUCCCACUGUAUUUUAUUUCUGUAUGUAAAUAUGAGUUUGGAUCUACCCAAGGCAUGGUUUUGAAUAGUUCAAUAUUUGCAUGUCUUUCCCACUCCAUCCGCCCCCCGUUAUAUUGAUAUGAUUGUUACUGAUUUUCAAGCUUGUGAUUUUUUUUUUUUAAACAAAACAGAGGAAUGAAACAAAGACGCCCUUGCCAAAAAACUAAAACCCAACCCCAGCCUUGAGAUCUUUAGGGGGUUAAUUUGCGCAGCUGCUGCCUCUUGUGAUCCAUUUCAGAAAGAGCUAAGCACAGUAGGGGCUUGAUGCUCAUAGAAAUCAAUGAGAAAAUUCCCAUUGACUUCAGUGGCGCAGGAUCACCCCAUGCAGGCCGCCUCCCCUCCUUUUGGAUGAUUUGUUGCAAGUCUCCCUCUUUUAGUAGAUGUCCCCGUCUGUCUGCGGGACACUGGUGGUGCCUGGGGCAUGCAAAGCAGGACAUUGAGCUGGGACUGUAAACUGCUUCUAAGCCUGUGGAGGGAAUAGAGGAAGGCUGGAUACUGAUGCUUUACUUGGGUAAAGCUUCCAUUGGGGCUGAUUCCUGGAGCCCUUACUUGGUUCUUACUCAGGCAAAGGUUUCAAUGAAGUCUGUGGGAACUUUGCUUAUGUGCAAACUUCAGGGUUUGGCCCAGUGGGACAGCUACUCAAGAGAUCCCAGGUCUAGUGCUAUGUUCCCAGCCCUACCACUGGUCUGCUGAGUGGCCAUGGGCCAGUCACUUCCCUGCUUUGUGCCUCAGUUUCCCUAUCGGUACAAUGUAAAGCCCUUUGAGAGGUAUAGACGAAAGCAUCGUAUAAGAAGUAUUAUUAUUACUUAACUCGUAUGAGUAAGUUCACUUCAGGAUCAGGCCCUUUGUAAGGACUGGCACAUCUACUUCAGUGAAUGCAGGAUGGUGCCCUUAUCUGGGGGAGACUAUCCUAGCCCCUCUUUGAUAACUGCUAUACAGGGCCCAAUCCAAAUCCCACUGACGUGAAUGGAAAGAUUCCCAUUCACUGCAGUGGGGCUCAGGGUGCGAGGAUAGGGUGAACUGUGAUACACCUAGAGCAGGGUUGCUGGGCGGUCCAUUGUGGGUCAUCUCAUGAGAAGGUUCUUGGUUUGCAGCUAGCAUCUUAAAGGCACAAAAGUGUGUGUGUUUGGGGGGGCGGAGAAAUUACCUUUCCAUAAAACUAAAUCCGCCACAUUAUUGAGAGCAGUGCGUGACUCCGCUAAUCCCCAGCCUGGUUUAACAGCAGAUCACAGAAUCCCUGGGAUUAGAGUGAAUAGAUCCAGUGCGUCAGCCAACACUUGCCAUGGCCAGCAUAACUCACUGCUCAGCCACUCCAGCCUUUAAGUGAGACUAAUGCCUAGUAAUCAAAUGCUAAUUAAUUCAUUUACAGACUAAUGCAUUGACUUUAUUGAUGUGCGUUCUCUUUACUUAGAAUAAUUUUUAAUGAGGGUGGCUAGGAGACUUCCUGGCAUAUUUAUUCAUUUUUCAAAUACUUUGCAACAAACACAAAUCACUAACAAGUCACUGUUUUUUGCUUUGUAAUAGGAUUCAGAAAUCAACCCCCUUCCCCUCCCCCCGAGCACCACCAUGUGCAUUCCCCUUUGGAGCAGUCUGCAAAACUCUUGGGAAUAUUGAUAGGAAUUAGAAGGGAGGCUGCAUACCAAGAGCUUUUGAGUCAGACAGGGAGUUGAAUUGCUGAAUAUUCAGGUUGUUCAAUUAAACCUGCAGGCUACCGGAAAGCUGCCUUUUAUUGGCCCCAUUGGAUCACUAACUUUCAAACUGACGUGCUGACCCGGAUAAGAGUCAGGCUACUUGAGCAGGUUUGGGUUGAAACAGAAGAAUGGACCCAUGAUUGGAGCUCGGCAUCCAGCUGCUGUUGCAGAGAAGUAAUCUGCUGAUCUGAAGGAAUGCUACCUGUGGGCUUUGGGUAGCACUGGCUCUGGGUCUCUCUCCCUCAGUGGGGCUGAAGGAGGGGAGUGCUAGGAGAUCGGGUUGCUUAUAAUUCAUUAUCUGGAGGUUGUGCGCACCUAUGUGUUGGCUUGCCAUUUCAGUUCAGCUCGUAGAAGUGUGGCAUCUUCCGAGGGGAGCUGGUGUUUCGUGAGUUAGGAACAUCCUUUGUUCAUAGACCACCACCUAAUGCAUCCCUGUGCAGGACUCAGUGGGGAUGGGAUGGAAUGGGACCAUUUAGACAAUGUGUAGUGCGAGAACCAUGCUGGGACCGAUCUGCAAGACUGGGGAUGCUAAUAUUAGUCUAGAGUGUAAGUGAGCCAGUGGGAAAUCUGCAGGGUUGGGCCAGUGCACUCGCUCUGAUACCCAUGAAGGAAGCAGGGGCAUCUCCCUGACGGAAAUUAAGAUCCAUCUCCACUCUUAGUUCUUGAAGGAAUUCUCCCAAGGGGCUGUCCAUAAAUUACAUAGCGCGGUUGGUGAUUUUCAAGAUGUGGCCCUUGUAACUCUGAAACAAACAUGCAAAGUGAAGAACCCGCUCACUCCACCAUGUGUUCCCUAGUUUAGGGACAGCCCCCAGUGAAAGAAGCUCAAGGCUGCAGGGCAAUUCUUCAAGGGGAUCCAUUGCAGGUGGAUGGGGAGAGGUUUGGGUCAAAUUCCAUCAGACCCCUGUGCAAAUCAUUCUCCUCCCCCUGGCAGCAGGAUGAGUAGAAUCACGGUCACGGAGAUGAAGCUUGCCUCAGUUUGUUUUUUCAGGGGUGGAGGGAGGUGAGUUUCUAAGUUGGCAGUGAGGGACAGCUGAGUCUCCUUCCUGCUCAGGAGCCUGGUUCGUGGGAAUGUAUGACUGGGUCCAGAUGAAAUUACACCAUGGAAACCUCCCAUCAUUGGCAUUAAUGGAGACUCUUUAUCCUGGGUGAAGCCUGCUGGCAUCUCUCAGAGGUGGCGCCAUCUGUGAGGGGCUCUGAUUGGCAACACCAUGGAAUGACACUCGGCUCUGGAAGGGUCAGCAAGAUGCUUUUCUUUCAAUGGACCUGCUCUGCCCAGGACUUGUGGGCUCUGAGCAGGAACCAGGCCCCAAGAGACUGGAGGGGAAAUUGCACGGGGAGUCUUUUCCUGUUUUGUUCCUUCUGCAGGAAGACCAGGCCUACUGGUGCCGCUGGCCUUGGAAGAGAUAGUGAGUGCAUUGUCUUCCCCUCUGACCCCAGCAUGUGGCCAAUGGUCACUUGCAUCACAGGGCCAACUUUGUGCUCCAGGUUAUGCUAGCUAUAUGGGCUUGAUCUAAUUCUCCCUGAAGCCAGCAGUAGUUAGCUGUGCAGGGGUGGAAAAGAGUCUGGUCUCUGGAGUCUGAGGCUGUCUCUGAAUAUGGUCCCUGUGAGCCCAAGCCAGUGGAUGUGGAUGUUGUCAAUGUAAAGAUGUCCCCUGACCUCAGGAUCAGACCCCAGGAGAGAUGGUGCGAAGAAGUUUUAGGGGUAACCCAAGUAAAAUGCCUCACCGAGGAGGGCAGGUUUUGUCCCUCUCCCCUCACCAGGCUAAUUGGGAAGCAAGCAGGGCUGAUAGAACACCCCAAUUGUGGGAGGGCAUUAAUUACUGCUCACGCCUUUACCGGCGGUGCUUUUAGUGAGCAGGCGAUUAGCCAUGGACUGGUGGGUGUAGGCUGUGAAGAAGUGGCUUUUUAUAAAGGCCUCUGACUCUUCUGACCAGUCGCUGUCCCAUUUAGAUUUGAACACAAUGCACCAAGGGUUUGCACCGUGGUUUUUUUUUAUUACUCCAACAGCUGGAGAUUUAUUAAACCUGAAGCUAGGAAGA